AGAGAUAAAAAAGUUUAAAGUAGUUCGAUUUAACAUCAAAUUACAUCGUAAAAAUUUUACGAAACAUCUACAUGACGUUCAAUUUUGAAAGGUGUCCCAAAACACCCCAGUAUAAGAUGUUUUCACUACAGCUGGAAGAGUUAUUUUGUUGAUUAAAAAACAUAAAAAUAAAAAAUGCCGCGAAUAGUGCAAAGAAAAGUUAUCCGACGACAACGUUGUAAUUAUGCAAUUUCAUAUUAAUAGUUUUUGGUAAAAAAAUAUUCGUUUAACCAGACUUCGAUUACGAACGAAAAUGGCGAUUGUGUGUGUUACGAAAUGGGUGGCAAGGAGGGGUAGUUUGUUUUGAGCUAUAGUAUAGCUUCCUUCUGUUUAUUUUGUGAGUUUAUGUAGGAAAUGUAGCCUUUUUAACACAUGGGAUAUUGCCCUCAGGAGUAAGUCCAGUUCACCAGAAACAAGUACUGUCAUAUAAUAGGCAAAAUGAUUUCGUUCGAAGUUGGUGUCAUCUUGCCGUCAGCUGGAACAGGUGAACGGGUCGGAGCAUCGUCACCAAAACAAUACAUCGAAAUAAUGGGCAGGCCCCUUUUGCUGUACGCUCUGGAGGAGGUGUUGCGGCCACCGUGGGUUCGUCGUGUCGCGCUGGUCGUGGACUCCCCGGAGAAAGUGCAGACGGUUCUGGACGGGUCCGGCAUCAAAGGUGCAGACCGUGUCUCUGUUGUCAGAGGGGGCUGCAGCCGACACCGCUCCAUACGGAGUGGCCUGCAGGCACUCCAGAAAGCUGAGGCGGGUGUGCGCGUGGUGGUGGUGCACGAUGCAGUGCGCCCUCUGGUACCUGCGGAGCUGCUGGAGAGGCUAGUGGUACUGGCCGAACACCACGGGGCGGCAGGUGCUACGCGGCCGCUCACCUCGACUGUGGUGCGUGCGUCUCCGGACGCCGGUGGGACGCUGCUGCUGCAAGCCAGUCUCGACCGCGACUCUCACCUCGCGUCGGAGACUCCGCAGGCGUUCCGGACGGAGGUGCUGGCCACUGCUUACAACAAGAGCACGGAGGAUGAGCUGGAUCGCGGGACAGAGUGCCUCGCGCUGGUUCUGCGGCAUGCCGGCGUGCGGCCACGUCUUCUGGAGGGACCGCCGGACCUCUGGAAGGUCACCCACAAGAGGGAUGUGUACGCUGCUGCCGGCUGCCUCAGGGAGCGCAGCACACGCGUGUGUGUGGUGGCGGCGGCAGACACGGAGGCCGCACGGCUGCUCGCGGAGGAGCUGACCCCGCGGGUGAGUGAACUGGCGCGCAUCACGACGGGUAGUCUCCCGGAACCUGGUGAUUCCCCGCCCGGCACGCCGCCCGCCACGGCUGCGGCGUCACCGGCGGUCACCUCCACGUACAACACGGUAGUCUUUUUCCACGUGCACGAGAUCUCUCAGGACGGGCAGCUGCUCGACCUGGCAACGGUGCUCGAUGUUGAGAAGCAGGGUGCCAUCGUGCACGUGAUCGAGCACCCGGAGGGGGACGGCAUGCGUGGUGUGUCGGCACUGGAGCUGCACCGCUCGGGCCGCCACAUGGCGCGUCACCACGAGAAGCUGCGCAAGGCGGUCGUCGUGGUGCACUGGCUCUCUGCCGGCGAGGAGCGCGGGCUCGCGCGCCUCGUCUCCGCCCUCGUCCUCUCUGAUGACCCGCGUGCAUUCUCGGGACAGACGCUGUUUCUCUGAGUGUCAGUCAGGAUAGAGAGGAGGAACAGGCAGAAAAAGAGAAGAUACAGGAAUUGGGUUUAUGUGAACUGGAUGAGAAAGCUGUGCAGGACACGUCAAUGAGAGAGACCCGAGACAGCAUAGCGAGGACGCGUGGGGGGAACUUUCUGCUACUUUUUCUGUAUUUAUUUUUGUAAUAUUAUUUUCAACUGUUCUUUUCUUACAAAGGCUUUGUGGUAAGAAUGUUUAAUGAAUAUCAAAACUUAUGAAUUUAGUUCUUUCAGAGAUGUUCGAAAGUUGAAAAAUUUGCUGCUACAUAUUAUUUUGUAAACUUUGUUAAGAGCAUACUUAUUAUCGCAUUUCAUGAUACACAUUUAUACAAUAUUGGACUGCAGUAAUAGACAAUUACUUCUUAAUUCAUUUAAAUUAAUUUUGUUAUUUGUAAGAUCUGGAUUGUAUUCCCAGCUGCACAAAUAGCUGGAGUUGUACCAAAACAUUGAAUCUGUUUGAAGGAUCUCACUCAAUUUUUAACAUGUUAUAGUAAUGAAGAGGCAUUAUGUGCUGUACCUGAUACAUGUGCAGUCCCAUCAGUGUUUGAGAAAAUGGUCUUAUUCACUUUUUACUGGACCUUUUUUUGGUUUGUCUUUUGGCAGCCUGUAGUGUGAGAGGAAGAAAGAAAAAAAAAAGGAAAAAAAAAGAUUAGUUGGAUCCCUCCUGAAAUUGCCCCUGAUAUGUCAGACUGUUAGUGUCAUAGAAUGCCACAGUAUUAAUGUGGUGUGCUUUGUAAAUGUAUUUGUAGGUUUUUGGCAAGUCUCAUUUUGACAUAUAAGUGUCUUGUUUAUGUAGUAAAUGUUAUAAAGUAAUAUUCAGUAGAUAGGUGGUGUAGCUGCUAAUUCAUGCCUGCAUAAUGUUAUUGGUGUGUAUUACAAAUGUAGAAUAUGUGUCUCGAAGUAGCUGUAUAAUAUUAAUGUAAACUGGAUGUAAAGUCUGUUUAACUGAAACUUGAAACGGGUAAAAUACCAUAUAUUUACAUGGAUGUUGGUUAAUUUUUCUUUGUAGUUUACACUUAUAUUAAUGUUUACACUAACUGCAAAUGAUGGAGUUCUAUUUUUCUGUAGCUUCUUGUGACUCCUGAAAGGAAUGAGAUUAUAUGUCGAUUUACUUAUAUUAAUCAUUGAAUACAAUUGUAUAUAUUGUAUGAGAGUCAAUUCAUCAACAGACCUUAGAGAUGCGAUGUAUGUGCUUGUCUUCCUUCCUUUAUUUUUUGAUGUUAAAAUUAUUGGAAUUUAACACUGAAGCCAGCAGCAAAUAUUGGAUGUGUUAUAGAGUAGUGUUUUAGCACACAACAUAUAAUUCAGAUUAUUAUAUUUCAUGUAUAUUUUGCUCUAGAGAUUUUCCUGGUGAUCAGUGUGGUGAGGAAACCACAGUACAAAAUAAAGUGAUGAGAAAAUAUUGAUAAAUUUUCCUGCCAUUGAGAGUACAACACAUUGUUGUAGUCUAAAAAGAUUAAUUACAAAACUUCUUCACAGCAAUAAUUUUUAUGAAGUUCCACAUUAUUAGGAGCUCGAAUACAGCUGGACUAGCAAAAAUUGCUAGAUUUUGAAUGCUGUUUCCAUUAAAAAUUUUAAUAUUCGUGCUGCAGUUAUAUUACUUUAUAAUAAAGUUAAAAGCUCGAUUAUAGCUGAUCUAAGCUAAAAUUUCAGGAUUUUGAAUGCUAUUUCAGCGGCUCAAAGCUAAAGAAAAUGUUGGAUGCAGAAGGGACAGCUGUUAAUGAUUGCAGAACUUGAAAAGUGGCCAGUUCUGAAAUAAACCAGAUGUGGUACCUGGGCCACUAGACAUGAAUCUGCGAGAAUAUGUACUGUGAUUUGUUCCUCUACAGGUGUAACAGUCCCGUCCCUUGAUUUCAGUGUCACUUUUACAAAUGUCUUGUUUGUCUUUUUAAAAUUGUUGUAUAUUUUUAAAUAUGUUAGACUGAUAAUUAUAAUAUUUAGUCAGCACUACUGACAUCUAGAUAAAAGAAAUUUCUGCAUUUAGUGCUAGUAAUAUAGUUCUGUGUUGUAGUUAUGUUAAUUAAGAAAGUGGAAGUUGCUGAAAACUGAACUUUGCACAAAAAAAUGUAUUUUGUUGGAAAUUUAACUUAACAGGAGGUGGCUUUAUGAAGGGGGCCACUGUUUCUGUUCUCCAUUCCCUACAGUCACUAGGAUUUUGACUCGAAAACUACAGUGCUUGGGAAGACAGAUAUAUUUUUGUAGAUUGAGGCAGGUAAUUGAAGACUAUAAACUAUAAGGAACACUGAAAGACAUGAAGAUUCCUGUGUUAUUUUUGUGACCCAGCACAACAGCUUACUACAAUAUCACAUGUCAAUUUUUGGGAAUAAUGCAACUUUGCAUUACAAGUGCCACACAUAAAUAAACAGUGGUCCUCUGUUAGAAGUUCUAAAAUGAUAAUGAGUCAGUAGAGUUCACUUGGUGUUGUGGCAGGCAUUGAAUGUUGGAAACUUGCAGUGAAAUUUUCAUUUACUUUAUGUGUUGGUUGGUAUCCCAGUAUCAAAUGGGAAAUUGCUGAUAGGCGCAUAUAAAAUAUGCAACUCUAUCCUAGUUUUCUGAAGCAGUAGUUCCUUCAUUGGGAGGAGACAGUAAUAGAAGGAUAGGAGUUAUCGUGUCUACCCAUUCGAGUUGAUAUUUUGAGUGCCACCCUUUCGAUCAUUGCUGAACUUGCAGUUCUCCACUAGAAUGGUUCACACUGUUUCUUUGUAUGCAUCAUUUAAACUAGCGCACUGAAGUAUUUUGUCAUUAGUGCACACACAUUGACUGCCAUUGCAAGAAGUAAAGAAGCACAAGUUGCUCUCGGCUAUCUGGCUCCAACUCCACUCACAAGGAAAAAACAACUCAGCUCCUAUACCAAAAACUCACCAGAGAAAAUGAAUGUUACUUAGAAAAUUUUCCCAGUGAGUUCCUAAAGAUUUUAAAAUGAAGCUUUGAAGCAUGAAAUAAAAGGUACAUCAGUCAUGAACACUUUACGAGGGUUAUUUCUUAAACAUGGCAGUUUUUUAAAUAUGUUUCUGUGUAAAGUUUUUUUGACUUUGCUGCUUUACAGUGCCCCAAUAUAGUCUUCGUGCUUAUAACCGACGUGUCCCAGUGUUGGGAAAGUUUUACAGUUUCAUCUGACACACAGACUUCGUUCAGCUGACUAAUGGCCCAUGUAGCAGAUGCACCAAGCUCUCACAGAGAUGUAUGCAAAAUUGUUUCAACUUUGGGAAUUAGUCAAAGACAGUGGACUAAUGAAAGGACUGUAGGGAGCUGGAGGUAACACUUUCCACCUGUAUUGGCACAGCUUUUGAGUUAUAACUUUGGCAUUGUAUGGGCGGGCAAACACUGUCAUGGUGAACGAGUAACCUGGCCUCGGCGGAAACGUUGGACUCUAAUUAUUGCUUGACCUUAGAGUUUGAUGGAAUUUUUUGAGACACAGAGAAGUCUUGUACUCGCCACUCAUCCAACUCGUGCUCAAAGCAUGUAAGCCACAUAUCAUCAGUAGUAACAAUUUGGUGCAAGAAAGCGUGAUCUUCAGUGUUAAAUCUCUCUUUUUGGAAAGGUUAUGAUGACUAGGUGUUUGCACUUCAGUUCAGUACUCAAGUACUGAGGGACCUAUCACAAAGAAAUCAUAGAGUGUCAGAAAUUUACUCGCGUGAUGCGCUCCAUUCUCCUUUGAGAACACCAGCCACAAGCUUCACACUACAUUACCCCGUUGAUAGUUUGAGAUUAAUGGUCUCGGUUCAUUUUCAACACUCACACGACCUUCACGAAAAUGAUUAGUCCAGUGAGAAAGUGUACUGUAGCCCCAUGUUAACUGACCAUAAAAGUUACUCAUAUCACUGGAUUUUAAUUGGAUUUUUUCUUCAUCUAGUAGUUUGCACUUUAAUGCAUAGUUGUUGAUCCUCAUCAAUCACAGUAUCUAAGAUUAUUUAUGAAAUGACCCUUGUAGAUUAUAAAAUUAGAAACGACAGUUGGGGUGGAGUAGAGUCAUGGGAGAUAUAAUAGAUCCCAUAAUAACAGGACCACAUAUAGGUCAAAACGGUAUCCUUCAGCACUAACUUUCUUGCAUUACAUGAAAAGAAAAUGGCAGCUCAUUUAAGACUCAUAUCAGUGUGGCAAUAUGUGAAGUGCAGAACACACAAAAAUUAGAUUCCUUGGUAAAAAUAGCCGGACAGAUGACACAUGUGCAAUUAAUUAUAUGAGUCAAAUUAUAACACAAAAAAAGACUGAGUAAUGAAUGUGUUAUGUCUUAAAAUAAAUGGUUAUCCCUUGGUUUUUGUCUCAAUGUGUUGACAAUCAAUUUUCACUAAAUCUGUUGAGCCUCAGCUGAUGAUAUUUUAUUCUUGUUUGUGAGAGAAUAUUCUAAUGUCUAUUUAUUGUUUAAGAUGUUCACUUUAUAUUUACUGAAAAGUAUCUGGUUUAAGAAAUUUUCUACAAGACUGGAUUUUGUGUGUAUAAAUGUUCCACUGUGCUCGUGGCAUAUUUGCUAUAUUCUUUGUAACACACUGAUAUUAGCGUCUCACCAGCUGAGCUACAGUUUUGCUGCAGCUUCCACAUGAGGAAAAGGUACUGACCGGGGCUGGUAUUGUAAUAUUGUUGGCUACAUAACUGUGCAAAGUGUUUUGAGAUUAAUCUCGAAGUGAUGUCUGCAAGGUGCUAUUUUGAUCAGCCUGAGAUACUUAUUCUCGGCAAGUUACAGAUUUCCAAAAGUAAUCAGAUAGUGAAUACACACAGAGAGGAUGGACAGCAAGUUUCUACAUUGAUCCAUAAUAUGCAAAGAUGUUGUGUAAUUUGUGUAAUAGUUAUUUUUGUGUCAGUCUCAAGAAGAGUGUCAGGCUCACAAAGUAUUUAAUUUUUUGUAGAAGUGCUGAUUAUGUUUCUAUUCAGUCAGCUGUGUCCUAAGCACUUUUUUGGCAGCUAUAUAUGUGCUUUUGGACAUUACACACACCUCCUGUGGUAUACUGCUUGAAGGUGAAGAUAUUUGAAUAGUAUUACUUCUUAUGAUUGUCAGUCUAAUGACUGGUCAACACUGCCCUUCUUAUUAGUCUGCCCUGUGUAAGUCACUUCAUCUUUUUGCACAACUACCGCAUCCUACAUCAAUUUGCAACUGCCUACUCUACAAUUGUUACCCACAUCAGUUCUCUCCAUUACCAAACUGAUGAUUCUGUGAUGUUUCAGUAUGUGUGCUAUCAACUGAUCUCAUCUUUUAAUCAAGCUGAGACAUAAAUUUCUUUUCUUCCCAAUUCAGUGCAGUAGCACUUCACUGGUUGCCUCAUAUACCCAAUGAGUGUUUGGCAUUCUCCUGUAGUAACAGAUUUCAAAAACCUCUAUUAUCUUCUAAUCUGGACUAUUUAUCAUCCACAUUUAACCAAAAAUAUUAUCAUGUUUAUCUUUGUCAAGAAAUCUUUUGUUGUUUUUACCAGUAGUCUUCAAGUAAAUUCUCUUCCAAAUGAAGUAACAGAGCAUCACAUAAUUCAGCUUAUUAUGUGACACACACACUCAAGCUAUUCCUCUGUUCCUAUAAAUUGUCAAACACACGGAGAUAGAGGAGGAGGGUAGUUACACAGACCAGAUGUGCUGCCUUAUGGUAACAGUGAUCUAAUCAUAAUUUUUGAUGAUAUAUACUGUGUGCCUCCAAAGAUCCAUCAGGUGCAUUUUUUCUUGUGUUUCAGCAGGUAUUUGUAGUUUUGUUUUUACAAUGUGUAGGUGAAGUCAGCCCAAACCAAUACCACUCAUAAUGUCUUUCAUGCGAAGUCCAGUGUCAGUGGAUAGCAUUGGUUUGUUUCCUACCGAAAACUUAAUGAUUUUUAAACUGGAAUUUCACAUGCCUAUUAGAUGGUGUAGUUGCAAAUUAAUCUAGUGUGAUAUUAAUUUACCAGUAUGUAUUAACAGGGACAGUAAAACAUGAAGAAUAACCAGUACUCGAGCAAUGACUCGUUUGUCAGCCUGGCUCGUGCUGACUGUUACUGUCAUGUAGCAGCACUGCUCAUUUGCUGGUGGAGUACUGGUUAUUCUUCCUGUUUUACUGUCCCUGUUAACUCAUAUUGCUAAAACUGGGCAUCAUGUGAAAGACAUGAUGAGCAGUAUUUAUUUUGGGCCUACUCCAUCUACACAUUGCAAAUAUCUUCAGAGAAAAUGUGAAUUACGACUUUUAGGAGGGACACACAGUAUAUCAGCCUGAAGUCACCUUGAGUCACCUGAGGCUGAUGUAUAUAAAAUGGAAAAAUAAUUACAAUGUGGUUUUCUUCAUUCUAAUUGCGAUGAUGUAACACCAACUACAGACAUUACUCCAACCCCAAAAAGGGGGGGGGGGGGGUUGGGGUGGGGGUGGU